UGUUAUGUCACUUUUUGCAGUUGUUACAUCCAUCUUGAAAAUUAUAACCGUCAGUUUUAGAAAAAAUGACCAGUGAAAAUUCAUAUCCAAUUUCUGUAUUCUGCAUUAUAGCCACCGAAUUUUGCGAAAGGUUUUCUUUUUGCGGACUUCGAACUAUUCUAUCUCUUUAUUUAAGGGAUGAAUUAUUUUUAAGGGAAGACACAGCCACAGUUGUUUACCAUGUCUUCAUCAUGCUCUGUUACAUUGUUCCCGUUGCAGGAGCUGUUUGUGCAGACAGCUAUUUGGGUCGAUACAGGACUAUACUUUAUUUUUCCAUCAUUUACUUGUGUGGAAAUAUUCUGAUGUGCAUCGCUGCUAUUCCACCGUUGGACAUAUCACCAAUAGCUGGAAUGGCGUUCUCAUCGGCAGGAAUAGUUGAAUUGGCCCUGGCCAAAAGCAAUCCUGCACUGCCUGGCAAAAAUCAAUCUGCACUGAAUGUCAUAAACACCCUGCCGUGCGAUUUGAUUGUUGAAGGUCCUUUCGACCUUAUUAAAAUUUUAACAAGUGGUAAAAUGUUGUCUUUGAAAAAUCUACCUGCGCAUAUAGAAAAAAUUUACAAUGUCACCCUCGGAACCACUUCAAAUUGCGAUUAUACUCAAUUUAGUUCUCCUGUAUACGAAUUACAAGUUGAAGCGGUUGAGAAGCAGGUUCAUACCGUUUUGAUCUCAAUAAAUGAAGAGGACGAAAUUACCGUUUAUACAACAGAAGCUAUCGAUUAUGAGAAAUCUAUUAGCGGUAGGCCAAAGGUCAGGAUUGCUUACAUUCAUACAUCACAAAAAUUGCAUAAUGUAACAGUGACUAUCAGAAACGCGGGAGGGAUGUCGGACAUUUAUUUCAUCCCCAACAAAACUCCCAGCGACCUGUCCGUAUCAGCUUAUAUGGAGCUUCCCGUAGGAAUAUACGAUUACUCCCUCAAUUCAGACGAAGGCCUAAUCCUUAACCCCCGAACGAUUUAUUUAGCUUUAGGAGGUGUCUACACGUUGGUGCUUCGCGAAAGGGACGGAGUUAUUGAGUUUUCGUAUUUAUUCGUAAUGUCUCCACCUAACAGUGUUAACAUUUUAUGGCUUCUCCCUCAAUAUUUUAUUGUAUCAAUGGCUGAAAUAAUGUUUGGGGUGGCUGGCUUGGAAUUUUCUUUGACUCAGGCUCCAAAAUCGCUAAAAACUAUUACGCUAGCUGCCUGGUACCUUUCAGUAGCAAUGGGAAAUUUGAUAGUAAUUGUUAUAGCAAAAUUUAAAAUAUUUACCAACCAGGCUAAUGAAUUUUUCUUUUUUUCUGCACUAAUUGUUGCCGAUAUGGUAGUGUUUACGUUAAUGGCUGAGAAAUACAAGUUUGUCAAUAUAGACGCCGAUAGUUCAGAAGAUAUCGUUUACUUCAAACAGGAAGGAAAGGAAAAAGUUCAAAAUUAAUCCAUAAACGCAAUAAAGGUGUUAUCUAUCAUAUCUGUGACUUAUGAUGUACUAUAUAAAAUUUCUAA